CAAUUGCAUAAUCAUUGAAAGUCCCGAUCUUUUUCCAAUGGUUACCUCUUCACUCUUCAUACAUCUAUCUUUCAACCUCUAAUUUUCUUACUUAUCCCAUUUACUCAAUCCUUCAUUAAAAUUCAGCCCUUCAUCUUCUUCUCUUUCAUUUGUAAAAGCUUCAACUCUAUUCCUAUGUUUGGCUCCAAUGGAGGGCAUUAUAUUUCCAAACAGACCAACAUUACCAAUUCAACAAGCAAAACCCAAACCAAUUCAACAACCAAACAUGCCCAUAAAAUUCAAUUCUACAACUUUACCUUUACCUCCUAAACCUCAAAAACCUCCUCCUGCACUUGCUUUAGACUCUUUACUUCAACAUCUUCUUCACCUUUCUUCCACUCCAACUACUACCCAUUUCCCUAAACUCAUCAAAUCAUCACAUUCUAAAACUACCCUUUUGCAUUCUCUUCCAAUUUCUUCACUUCAUUCCUAUAAUCAGCCUGUUUUUGAUGGGCUUUCUUUAAAUUCUGCUACCCAAUUGGCAAUUGAACAAGAUAAGGCUGUUGUUGUUCUUCCCAAAGUUGAUGAUGGUUCACUUGAUUUUUUAUCUGAUAGAAGUAAGUUAUUAUUGAAUUCUAUGUUAGAAAUACCCUUAUCUGAUUUAAAUGCUUUCUUUGACUCUGUGAAGAUUGAUUUGUUUGAUUCUGAUUUAAUCAGUUUAUUGAAAGGAUUAGAUGUUUUGGGUAAUUGGGAAAAAGCUGUUUUGUUGUUUGAAUGGGGUUUAAUAAAUAUUACUUCCUCUCAAGGUGAGAAAAUGGAUUAUCAGGUUAUUGAGUUAAUGGCUAGGAUUUUAGGUAGGGAAACCCAACAUACUAUUGCAGCUAAAUUGUUUGAUAUAAUACCACUUGAAGAAUACUGUUUAGAUGUUCGAGCUUAUACCUCUAUUCUCCAUGCCUAUGCUCGAACGGGCAAAUAUGAGAAGGCGGUUUCGAUAUUCGAUGACAUGAAGAAAAAGGGUCUCCUUCCAACUUUGGUUACUUACAAUGUAAUGCUAGAUGUCUAUGGAAAGAUGGGUAGGUCUUGGGAUAAGGUUUUGUGCCUUCUUGAUGAGAUCAAAAGUAAAGGGUUUCAAUUUGAUGAGUUCACUUGUAGUACUGUCAUUGCUGCUUGUGGUAGAGAGGGAUUGUUGGAUGAAGCAAGAAAGUUCUUUGCAGAAUUAAAAUCGACGGGUUAUAAGCCGGGAACUGUGACAUAUAACUCUUUGCUUCAAGUGUUUGGGAAAGCCGGAGUUUAUUCUGAGGCUUUGAGUGUCUUGAAAGAAAUGGAGGUGAAUGGUUGCCCUCCUGAUUCUGUGACUUAUAAUGAGCUUGUCGCUACAUAUGUGAGGGCGGGAUUUCUUGAAGAAGGAGCUGCUGUGAUUGAUACAAUGACGCGUAAAGGGAUAAUGCCGAAUGCAAUUACAUAUACUACUGUAGUUGGUGCAUAUGGGAAAGCUGGAAAGGUUGAUCAGGCUUUGGCUUUGUUCGAUCGUAUGAAGGCUUCUGGUUGUGUUCCUAAUGUUUGUACGUACAAUGCUAUUCUCGGUAUGCUAGGGAAGAAGUCUAGAUCAGAAGAGAUGAUAGAGAUAUUGUGUGACAUGAAGAUUACUGGGUGCUCCCCUAAUCGAAUCACGUGGAACACGAUGCUUGCAAUGUGUGGAAUUACGGGCAAGGAGAAGUAUGUAACCAGGGUUUUCCAAGAGAUGAAGCGCAGUGGUUUUGAGCCUGAUCGAGACACGUUCAACACUUUGAUCAGUGCUUAUGGCCGAUGUGGGUCUCGAAUUGAUGCUACCAAGAUUUUUGAGGAGAUGAUGCAAGUGGGUUUUAGCCCUUGUGUCACGACCUACAAUGCAUUUUUAAAUGUGUUAGCUAGAAAGGGCGAUUGGAAAGCAGCAGAAUCAAUCAUUCAUGAUAUGAAAAGCAAGGGAUUUAAGCCUAAUGAUACCUCUUAUUCCUCAAUGAUUCAAAGCUAUGCAAAAGGAGGGAACGUGAAGGGCAUACAAAGACUCGAGAAAGAUAUAUAUGAAGGGCAAAUAUUCCCUAGCUGGAUACUUCUAAGGACCCUUAUUCUUGCAAACUUCAAAUGUAGGGCACUUUCAGGCAUGGACAGGGCAUUCAAGGAACUACAGAAAAGUGGGUAUAAACCCGAUUUGGUCGUGUACAACUCGAUGCUCUCAAUUUUCGCUAGGAACAAAAUGUAUGACCGUGCUCAUGAAAUCUUACAUUUGAUUCAAGACAGUGGAUUGCAGCCUGAUCUUAUAACCUACAAUAGUUUGAUGGAUAUGUAUGCAAGAUCCGGGGAUUGUUGGAAGGCAGAAGAGGUAUUAAGGAAACUGUUGAAAAGCGGUGGAAAACCCGACCUUGUGUCUUACAACACAGUGAUCAAAGGGUUUUGCAGGCAAGGAUUGAUGCAAGAAGCAAUAAAGAUAAUGUCAGAGAUGACAACAAGAGGGAUACGACCUUGCAUAGUGACUUACAACACUUUCGUGGCUGGUUACGCAACGCGAGGGAUGUUUUCGGAGGUUGAUGAAGUUAUAAGCUACAUGAUUCAACAUGAUUGUAGACCUAAUGAGUUGACUUACAAGAUUGUGGUAGAUUCUUAUUGUAAAUCCAAGAGAUACACAGAAGCUUUUGAUUUUGUUUCUAGGAUUAAGGAGAGAGAUCAUUCUUUUGAUGAUCAUUCUCUGUAUCGUCUUUCGUCUCGCGUUAGGCAGGAUGUUCAGUUUUGAUAAUCAUAUUUAUGUUUAUAGUUGUUUCAGAUUCAUGUCUUCCAUUUUGAUUUAUUUUGUUUAACCAUUGUAAUUCGGAUGAGAUAAAUUUAUGUUAGUAUCAUUACAGGA